AUGAACGAGUCAAAAAUAACAGCAAAGAAAUCUACAUUAUUACCAGGAAAGUGCAAUGAAAUUAUUUGCGAACACGUAACAACACAAUCAGGACAAAGUUUCUGUUUGCAGGAAGGUACCCGUUCGGCCUAUGGAAACUUUGCACAAAGCAAAUCCGUUGUCUCCAGUUCAGUGUAUGGCGAUGACCUGGCGACUUAUAAUCAAAUGAGAUUAACUGAUGGCGACCAAAUAGCAAUAAAUUCAUACUGUGCCGCGACAAAGAAAGAGAGUACUCCAUGGUUGAGGAUAGAUCUAGGCAAUACUUAUCAAAUUGAUCAUGUUCUUGUAUUCAAAGGUUGGUUUUGGGAUGAACCAUGUCAGACAUAUGAGGUCCGAGUUGGAGCAAAGACGACAUGGAACGACAUGAUGUCAUGUGGAGAAGGCUCACAAGAAAGAGAUGAAACUAUCAUCUGCAAAGACUGCCUACUUGGUCGUUAUGUCCAACUGCAACUAAAAUCAACAGAUAGCAACUGUCAUAUUGUCUUAUGUGAAAUGGAGGUUAUUGGAGCGGUUGUGUAAAGAGCAUUUUAUAAAAAUGAAAGGUUACAAGUAAUGAUUUAUGUAAGAUUUACAGGUUUUAACUGCCAGUUUAUAUUCACCUGGAACAUAUUUUUGAAUUGCAACGCGUUAUUUCAUAAUAUGUGAAAGCUAACAUAAGAGUAAACAGAUGUUAUUGCCCAUUUUGUUCAGAUGUGCUCCCCCUUGUUCAAUUUCUCUAAUGAUGUUUUGAUUGCCCCGCUUUAUAGUACAAGAGAGUCUGUGGGAAUCAAAUCCGGGACUACUGCUGCAUUAACGUUGCAUUUCUCUCUCCUAAAGCUGUUUUCAUCCUUGAAGACCCACCCCAAGUUCUUAUUUGACAUUUGCGUGACUUUCACCUGCUAGCCCAGGGUGACAGAUGAAAGACUUCCCAGGGAAGAGCCUUGCUUAGUGUCAUCGGAGGUUUAAGUCCUUUUAAAAAGGAGGAAUGUGGAGGUCAGACGGGAUCGGUCCCGUGCCUCCUGGAUUUCCAGUCAUGUACUCUACCUACCGAAGAAUCUGACCACCGAUAUCUAACCCGUUUGUCUGCUGCAUUUGUUUUAAAGAAAUUUUCAUUUUAUGGUCAUUUUUUAAAUCAGGUAUUAUUAUAUUUUAUGUAACA